CCGCAUUUGCCCCAUCAACAUGUCUUUAAUCACGAUUACGCCAUCUAUGAGGCUUUAAAAAAGAGUGAUCAUCGGGCGUUGAUUUGAUGGUCCUUAAUGAUUGGACGUCUCAAUCAUUGGAUCGUCGAUGGAUGGCCAUGAUCGAAAAAUUGGGGUUAUUCCGGUCAUCAUGGGAAGUCCGGUGGAGAUCCUUUUCAAAUCGCCUUCUUUUCCAGAAAACGAGACACGCCUUCCCCCUUCCAGUCUGCGAUCUUUUUCUCUGGCCAUUUUCUCCUCCAGCUCUCGCUUUCCCUGUCCUUUUCAUUUCGAAACCCACUUCCCGGAAGAUCGCUUCCUUUCUUUCCAUUUGGGGAAAGCGAUGGCGACGAGGCGAGGGAAGUGGCAUCCGCCGCCGGUGCCGACGCCGAGGAUCAGCCAUCUCCCGCGGCGGUCCAGGCUGUCCCGCCCCCCGAAGGCGCCGGCGUUUAAGGCGCGGCCGACUACGAGGUUGCCGCCGGGGUCCGGCAGGAACCUGGGAGCUCUUCUAGACGAGGAGAGGUCGUUCUCUGGUGGUCAUUCCCAGAGGAGGGCGAGGGUGGAGGUGGCGGCGUCGUCGGGGGAGAGCGGCAGGGACUCCGGGGAGGAGCGGUGGAGGUUCCAGGCGGAGAUGCUCCGGGCGGAGUGCAACUUUCUCCGGAUGGAGAGGGAGGUGGCGCUGCGGAAGCUGGAGAGGAAUCGGUCUCAGAUGGAAGCCGCCUUGAGAUCCGCCAUGGAGACUCUCAUUUCGGGGAGGAACAAGAUUGAUCGGAGUGAGAACGUGGGGGUAGCGUUGGAUGAGAAGAUCCAGGAAUUGGAGGAGAAGCUGGAGGAGUUGCAGGUGGAAAGGAGUGGUAGGCGUAGAGGGAAUGAGAGCUUCAGGGAGCUUCCGAGGAGCUGCCGGCGUAACUUCGACCGGCAAGCAUCGGUCCUCCGGCGGCGGCUGGAGAAGAUGGCGGAUGAGACCAGCGUGAGGGAAAUCCGAGAGAUCGCCGCCGACGAGAAGGACGAUAAGGAAAUCUCUCCUCUCCAAGCCGGUCAUUAUUGCCGGUUUCCCGAUGUGGAGAUGUUGAGGAGGAGAAUGGAGGGGUUGUCCAAAGGGAUGUUGGAGAGGAUGGAGGAGUACAGCUGCUUGCUUUCUAACAACUCCUCCUACCCUCACUCCACCACCAGCAGCAGCAUCGACAGCAUGAGGAGAUUUAUCAGCGGCCAAAGAGUGAUCGAGUAUACGGAAAUGGCAGAAAAGGCGCACAACCACUACCAGCAACAGCCGCAGCAGCACCAGCAGGUGGAGGAGAAGGGCUGGGCUGUGAUAGGGUCCGGGAACUGCUGCAACUGCAAGAAGGUGGUGGGGAGAAUAAUGGAGCAGGUGAGGACGGAAACUGAGCAGUGGAGCGAGAUGCAAGGCAUGCUGGAACAAGUCAGGGUGGAAAUGGAGGAGCUCCGGUCAUCUAGGGAACUCUGGCAACACCGUGCCAUUGCCUCGGACAUCAAUACCCAUUCCAUUCAAAGCCAAAUGCUGGAAUGGAAACGAAGAGCAUGCGCCUCUGAGCACAAGGUGACCGAGCUGCAGAAAAAGGUGUCUGAGCUACAAAUCAAGCUCCAAUCAACAAGGGUUGAGCUUUCUCAUCCCCCCACUACUCGAACACGUUCAGAGACUUGGAACCAAGAUUCCCAAAGGAUCAAGAACCAGCAACAGAGAUUACUGGAUUUGCAUAGGGAGAAAGAGAAGCAUGUCCUAGUCUGCCGCCUGAAGAAGUCCCAGAGCAAUUUUCCCAAGCGCUUGCCUUUGCAGGACAUAGGAAAUACGUCUACGUUGCGCCCAUGAUAUCGAGCCUCGAGUGUUAUAAAACAACUUCGGAAAGAAGUACAAGAAACCUUGGACUGCAGCAACACAUGGUCUUGGACUGCUUCAAUGGCUCAGUUUGCCUUGUCAGAGGAGGUGGCAAUUACCACCAUAAGAUCAGAUAAGCGACUACAGGAAGGGGCAUCUGAUGUAGCAGAGGAAUGAAAAGAAUGGUAUGUCUGAGAGCAGAUUUUUUCUAGGAUGCAUGUAGCCUUCUGCUAAAGUAACGAAUGCAUUUGCUUCGAGGAGUACGUAAUUUUAGUCUCUGGAGGAAGGAGGGAAAAAGAAGGAUAGAGAUGGUAGCUUUGUUCACUAAAAUUCUCUGGGAAAUUUGUAUCUAUAUGCAUUGCUGGAACAUAAUUAUCACUGUGAAAACCAGUUCAAGUCAAUGAUGUGUGUGUGAAAUGCAAAAACAAGCAAGGCAUAUUUUGCUAAAGGCGGGAGGUGGUUGAUGCUUAAUGGAGUUGUUGUAGCAGCAUAACUGGGACAUUUGGAGUUUUGUCAGGUGAACAUUUUCGGAGGGUCGAGUUCGAAA